CGACACCACAGAGGAAGAAACGACGUGACGUAGUUAGGUAAUGUAAAAUGGCGACUGUGUACUCAAAACACAACUAGAACGAAGCAAGACGUAUACACCUUUACUGCUUUUACGAAGGAACCACAAACCAAGCUUUUUUAAUUUUUUGGAUCUUGAUAAGUGAGCUGCCAGACUCGGUCAUGACGGAGGAGGCAGCGACGCAGUCCGGCUCCGAGGGCAUCGUGGGCCUGGACGAGCCCAAGAAGAUGACCAGGGAGGACUGGAGGAAGAAGAAGGAGCUGGAGGAGCAGAGGAAACUGGGAAAUGCUCCAGCUGAGGUGGACGAGGAGGGAAAGGACAUUAACCCUCACAUCCCACAGUACAUUUCAUCAGUGCCAUGGUACAUUGACCCUUCCAAAAGGCCCACCUUAAAGCACCAGAGGCCACAACAAGAAAGACAAAAGCAGUUCUCAGCCAUUGGAGAAUGGUAUAAGAGAGGGGUGCAGGAGAAAUCGGUCACCACGAAAUUCCGUAAGGGUGCUUGUGAGAAUUGCGGUGCCUUUACACACAAGAAGAAAGACUGCAUGGAGAGGCCCAGAAAAGUGGGGGCAAAGUUCACAGGCACAGGCAUAGCUCCAGAUGAACAUUCUCAGGUCACGCUGGCUUUGGACUACGAUGGGAAGAGGGAUCGCUGGAAUGGGUAUGACCCUGAAGAUCACCAGCGCAUUGUGGAGGAGUACGCCAAAGUAGAUCUGGCCAAACGGACGUUAAAGGCACAUAGGCUCCAGGAUGAGUUGGCCUCGGGAAAACUCAUGGACCAAACUGAGCGUGAACACAAUAGCGAAGAUGAGGAUGAAGAUAAAUAUGCUGAUGACAUCGACAUGCCCGGUCAGAACUUUGACUCCAAGAGACGAAUCACUGUCAGGAAUCUGCGUAUCAGAGAAGACAUUGCAAAGUACCUGAGGAAUCUGGAUCCAAAUUCGGCGUACUACGACCCCAAGACCCGAGCUAUGAGGGAGAACCCAUACUCUAACACCGGCAUGAACCCUGAUGAAGUCGGGUACGCUGGAGACAACUUUGUGCGCUAUAGUGGAGACACGAUCACCAUGGCGCAGACACAGUUGUUUGCCUGGGAGGCCUAUGAAAAAGGCUCUGAGGUGCACCUGCAGGCUGACCCCACUAAGCUGGAGCUGCUACACCAGUCCUAUAAGGUCAAGAAGGAGGACUUCAAAGAAAAACAGAAGGAGGGCAUCUUAGAGAAGUACGGAGGCCAAGAGCAUCUGGAUGCUCCGCCGCGGGAGUUGCUGUUGGCCCAGACAGAGGACUAUGUGGAAUACUCUCGCCACGGUGCCGUAAUUAAAGGACUUGACAAGGCUGUGGCCCGCUCCAAAUAUGAGGAAGAUGUUCUCAUCAACAACCACACAUGCAUUUGGGGGUCAUACUGGAGGGACGGCUGCUGGGGAUACAAGUGCUGUCAUUCCAUGGUGAAACAGAGCUACUGUACCGGAGACGCUGGUAUUAAAACAGCAACCAGCUCAGCUUGUCUGCCAUUUGAGGAGGGGCUGGAGGAACCUGAAGAGGAAGAACAGCCAAAGACUCUGCUGGAAAUGCAUCAAGAGAAGAUGAAAGAGAAGAAAAAGAAAAAGAAGAGCAAAAAAAACAAGAAGAAACAUGACUCUGAUAGCAGUGAUUCAGAGGAUGAAGAGAAAAAGAAGGAGAAACUGAAGAAGGCGCUUGAGGCAGAGGACAAGCGGCUGAGACAGGUGGAGAUGAUGAUGCAGCUAGAUGAGAGGAAGAGGCCUUACAACAGCUUGCAGGAGGUGAAGGAGCCCACCGAGGCGGAGAUGGAAGCCUUCCGCAUGAAGCGCAGCCGGCCAGACGAUCCCAUGGCCUCCUUCCUGGGACAGUGAUCUCUCCUCAGCCCUCACAGCCUCGCUACACUUCCCCCCCAGGCCUGUACCAGAGCGUUUGCUUAACUGAAAAUAGUUCGGACUCUGACAUCAUUAAACUCAGCUUGCUCUUCAUGUACAGCUGGGACUCAGUUUGCAUACACCUCUUUCUGUCGUUGUGGCCCACUGGCCCGCAGUAGUUUUUCAUUGCCAUGUGUACAUUUUGCUUUUAUGUGAUCAACUCCCUGAGAUUUUUUGAAAAAUAGAAAGUUCUAUUAUGUUCAUUUUAGAUUUUUGAUACAUUCAAACAUAAAGUUGGAACACCUAACACGUUAAUUCCUGUAAUUUACCUGCUUUAGGUGGAAUAAAUGUAUUUCAUAGCUAAA